UGUCGCCACGAAGGUGGCAAGAAGCCCCUGAAACAACCCAAAAAGCAGCCCACGGAAAUGAACGAGGAAGAUGAGGCUUACAACAAGCAGAAACAGAAAGAGCAGAAGAAACUCCAGGAGCUAAAAGUGAAGGCCCUGGGGAAGGACCCUCUGGCCCCAGGUGGAAUUAAGAAAUCUGGCAAAAAGUAA